AUGGCUGGUCGGAUCAGGCAGCCCAUCGACACUGCGGCUUUGGAAAGAUACAUCGACAACAAUGUCCCAGAGAUCAAAACACCACUGGAGGUGAAGCAAUUUGGUUUUGGGCAGUCCAAUCCAACAUACCAACUGACCUCUGUGUCCACCGGCCAGCGAUAUGUGAUGCGCAAGAAGCCUCCAGGGAAACUGCUGUCAAAGACGGCACACCAGGUGGAACGCGAGUAUCGUAUAAUCGCUGCUCUUGGACCCACUGAUGUUCCCGUGCCCAAGGCGUACUGUCUUUGCCAGGAUGAAUCUGUAAUAGGAACCCCAUUCUACAUCAUGGAAUUCCUUGACGGGCGCAUCUUUGAGGACCAUGCCAUGGCCGGUGUUUCCGCUGAGGAGCGGACGGCGCUUUGGAAGGAUGCAGUCCGUACCUUGGCGAAGUUUCACAGGGUUGACUACAAGAAGCUAGGACUUACAGACUUUGGUAGGAGCAGUGGGUUCUAUGACCGACAACUUGCAACAUGGAAGCGCAUUUGUGCUGUGCAAGAAAAGGCGGUAGAUGCCGACACCAAAGAGCCCGUUGGCCAAAUACCACAUUUUGACAAGUUGCAUGCCUUUUUUGCCAACAAGAGCUUGCAACCCAAGGACAGGGGGACCCUUGUUCAUGGUGAUUACAAGAUAGACAACAUGGUAUUCCACAAAACAGAGCCGCGAGUCAUUGGGAUCCUGGAUUGGGAGAUGAGCACGAUUGGGCAUCCCCUGUCUGAUGUUGUCAACCUGGCGUACCCCUAUUUCACAGCUGGCUUGAGUCCGCUGUCGAAUGCUGCUUUCAUACCAGGUGUAACACCUGGACUUCCUAGUUCGGACGAGAUCCUAGGCUGGUACAACGAAGUGGCUGGCUGGGAUCCCAAACCCGAGAUGAACUGGGCCGUCGCGUUCGGCGUAUUCAGGUCCGCAGCUAUUCUACAAGGCAUUGCUGCCAGGGUGGCGCAGCGACAGGCCACCAGCGAACAAGCGAAGAAAUACGCGGACGCAUUCAAGCCGUCUGGGGAGAAGGCCUGUGAGUUGAUUCAGCAGCAAAGCACAUGGGCUCAGAGUGAACCCAAGCUAUAA